AUGACUAAUUUGGCAAAUACGAUGCAAGCCAACGCUGCUGCGAGUAUGCAAGCUGUGGAAAGGAUGGGUCAACCAAUGGGAAACGAAAAUGGAGAUGGGAAUGGAGACAGAAAUGGAAAAAGAGACAGUAACAACUUGGGAGGUGUUCCGAUGACCUUGGCUUCAUUCCUCAAGGUGUUUGCUGUGAACGCCAAUGAUGCUGCUAAGGCAGAUCCUUUGAUGAGAGGUAACUGUUUAUUUGGUGAGAAAACAUUGGUUGCAUUGUAUGUUACUGGAGCUUCGCAUUUGUUUAUUGCAUUUGAUAAAGUUGGAGAACUAGGAUUAAAAGUGUUAGAAUUAGCUUUUGAUUUACAUGUGCAUACCCCAUAUCAAACGAUUAUGACAAAGUUAGGUCGUAGGCAAGUAUCUUUCAAGCUUGAGUAUAAAGGCUUUGUUCAUGAUUUAAUCUGUUUGCCAAUGGUUGGGUUGGAGAUGAUUUUAGGGUUUGAUUGGAUGUCCAAGAAUUGGGUAUUGUUGGAUUGCUUUGAGCAAUCAAUAUGGUUUUUUCCGAAAGGAGAAGGUGGAGCAGUGGUAGCUGAGGGUUAUUACCCGAACUCUGUGUUGGUGAACUAUAGUGGAGAAGAGUGUCAGGGUUAUAUAUUAUUGGCUCCAAGUGCGUUAGGUGAUGAACAGAGGUUAGGUCAAAUUCUGAUAGUUAAGGAGUUUCCAGAAGUGUUUGAUGCCAGGGCAUCUUAG